CAACAGAAGAGGUUAUGAGGAACGAGAUUUGCGUAGGUGAAGUAAACAGAACCAACAGGAACCCUCGGAAAGCGAGUUUCCUCUUAUGGUGCGAAUCACCGUCAGGCGUUGUGGCGUUGCGUUGUGGACGAUUCUCGAAUGGGGCUACACCCGAACCCCACGUCCCCAGCACCACCACCACCGUAAACGUAGCCUCCAUCCACAUUGCAUGCGGCCGCCGCCACCGCCACCGCCAUGGACCGCUACCCCUACUCCGAGCCCGCCACCCCUGCCUCUUCUGUCCCGAGGGAAACCCUCUUUGUCUCCAACUCCAGCAACUCCCUCGUCUUCUCCAACUCCGGCAAGUCCCUCGUCGUCUCCGCCUCCGGCUCGCGCUUCGAUCCGAGGAAGAAGUAUGUUAGGCAGGUAACCGGCCGGCACAAUGACACCGAGCUCCACCUCGCUGCCCAGCGCGGCGAUGUUACUGCCGUUCGACGAAUCCUUGCCGAGAUCGAUGAUCAGAUGACGGGAACCCUAAGCGGAGCUGAGUUUGAUGCUGAGGUGGUGGAGAUUAGGUCCGCGAUCGUCAACGAAGUCAACGAAUUGGGAGAGACGCCGCUGUUCACGGCCGCCGAUAAGGGACACCUGGAUGUCGUUAAAGAGCUUCUCCCUCACACCACCAAAGAGGCCCUUUCGUUCAAGAACCGUGCCGGCUUCUCUCCCUUGCACAUUGCCGCUAAACAAGGUCAUAAAGACAUUGUAGAGGUGCUUCUAGACCAUGAUCCGGAGCUAAGCAAGACCUUUGGCCAAUCAAAUGCAACCCCUCUUGUCACUGCAGCUAUGAAGGAUCAAGCGGAUGUUGUUGAGCUGUUGCUUAACAGAGAUCCUAGCUUGUUGGAGAUAGCUAAGUCCAAUGGGAAGAACGCACUCCAUUUAUCUGGUCGGCAAGGGCACGUUGCUGUGGUGAAACUGUUGCUGGCCCAUGAUCCGCAACUCGCUCGGAGGACCGAUAAGAAAGGACAAACUGCUCUGCACAUGGCUGUGAAGGGGACUAGCUGUGAAGUGGUGAAGAUGAUUCUUAAUGCAGAUCCUGCAAUAGUCAUGUUGCCUAACAAGUUUGGAAACAAUGCAUUGCAUAUAGCCACCAGGAAGAAAAGGGUAGAGAUAGUGAAUGAACUGUUACUUCAUCCUGACACCAAUGUGAAUGCCCUAUCAAGAGACCAGAAAACAGCUCUUGACAUUGCUGAAGGACUUCCAGUGUCCGAAGAAUCCUGGGAGAUAAAAGACUGCCUUGUCCGUUUUGGUGCAUGUAAAUCCAGUGACCUCAAGCAACCAAGGGACGAGCUGAGGAAAACUAUGACACAGAUCAAAAUGGACGUCUCCUGCCAGCUCGAACAAGCCCGGAGAACAAGCAGGAAUGUAAGCGGGAUUGCGAAGGAGCUGCAGAAGUUGCACCAAAGCGGAAUCCAUAAUGCCACAAAUUCAGUAACCGUUGUGGCCUCGCUGUUUGCAACGGUUGCAUUUGCAGCAAUCUUCACUGUUCCUGGUGGUGAUGAUGAUUCGGGCAAGGCCGUGGUGGUGCACACUGCGUCCUUCAAGGCCUUCUUCAUAUCCAAUGCUAUUUCGCUCUUUGUUUCACUGGUUGUUGUUGUGGUUCAGAUCACGGUUGUUAGAGGGGAGACAAAGUCCGAAAGGAGAGUUACAGAAAUUAUCAAUAAGAUGCUGUGGUUGGCUUCAGUUUGCACCUCUGUUUCAUUCAUGGCGGCGUCUUAUAUAGUUGUUGGUCGCCGCAGCAGGUGGGCUGCAAUCCUUAUUACAGUCAUAGGGACUUUUGUAACGGUUGCCGUUCUUGGCACCAUGACUUACUUUGUGCUGAAAUCCAAACGUCUCCGAAGAGAAAGGAAGAAGUUCAAAAGGAUUAAAACAUCUUCUUGGCGGUGUUCAGAUUCUGAAACUGAAGUGGAUCCAAUUUACGCUAUCUAGUUCCUGAACCCUGAACUUUAAAUUCUAACUACAACAUGAUUUUGUAUUUAACAAACACUGAAAAGGAUAACAAUGCUUUUCCAAGGUUUCACGAGCUGAGAAAAAGAGAGAUGGCUUUUGUGGAAGUGAAUGGCGGCUGCUUUUUUGUUUCCACAACAGGGCAUAUAAGGGAGACAAAUUGGUUAGUUGAUCUCUCUUUCAAAAGAUUGAUUUCACACCAGGUUUCCUUUAUCCCUUUAUGGUAUAUUAUUGUAUUUGUUAAAACAGUUCUGAUUGCUUUGUUAAAUUUAGGACGAUUUUGCAAAUACAAACUUAAAGCAUUAUAUUAGACACCAACAUUAAAGUUGUCGGAAUUUAUAAACCAACAAAUAAAUGUAUAUUUUGAACAAAC